GACAUUUUGGGCUAAAUUGAAAUUGACAAAUUGACAGCGACUGUCACCAACAAUCUCUCAAAUAUGAAUACGAGUAACGAAAAAAUCCCUACUUUCAAAUAAACAAACGUCUUUGAAUCGGCGGCUAUAUUUUAUUACAGAAGAUGUAUAAAUAUGAAAAAUGUAUUGAUUUAUUCCUUUUUGUCAUCGAUUUUCAUGCUUUCAAGCUUAUUUUGUUAUUAUAAAGCAAAUAUAUUGGACAAUUUGUUGCUUAAGUUAAGGCAUGGAUAAAUAUAAGAAGACCAGAAGAAGAAGAUUAGGAUAUCUGUCAUUCUGUCAAAUUAAAUAGUACAUUUCGGCCAUUUUUGCCAUUUACCGCAUGCUUAAUUUAAAAUAGAAAUUUUCAAUAAUUGGUGAUAAAUUGAUUAAUUAUGGCCCAGAAUAAGUUUAACGAUUUAGCUGGUAAAUUUAGCAAGGGUGGAGGACCCCCUGGCUUGAGUAUUGGGUUGAAAUUAUUGGCCGUUGGAGGGGCCGCUGCCUAUGGAGUUUCUCAAUCUAUGUACACAGUGGAAGGUGGUCAUAGAGCUAUAAUGUUUAAUAGGAUAGGCGGUGUUCAAAAAGAAAUUUAUACUGAAGGUUUACAUUUUAGGUUACCGUGGUUCCAAUACCCAAUUAUCUACGAUAUUCGUUCACGACCAAGGAAAAUAUCAUCUCCAACUGGAUCCAAAGAUCUUCAGAUGGUAAACAUUUCACUCCGUGUCUUAUCUAGGCCUAAUGCAGCUCAGUUGCCAAUUAUAUAUCGUCAGUUGGGUUUAGAUUAUGACGAAAAAGUGCUACCAUCUAUUUGUAAUGAAGUUCUCAAAUCAGUAGUUGCCAAAUUUAACGCUGCACAGCUUAUUACACAGAGACAACAGGUUUCCUUAUUGAUAAGACGAGAAUUGGUUGAAAGAGCUCAAGAUUUUAAUAUUGUUCUUGAUGAUGUGUCGAUUACUGACUUAUCAUUUGGGAAGGAUUAUACAGCAGCUGUAGAGUCAAAACAAGUAGCCCAGCAAGAGGCACAAAGAGCUGCUUUUGUUGUUGAAAAGGCAAAGCAGGAGAAACAACAGAAAAUUGUACAGGCCGAGGGAGAAGCUGAAGCUGCUAAAAUGUUAGGAGAAGCAAUUGGUCGUAAUCCUGGAUACUUGAAGCUAAGAAAAAUUAGGGCGGCUCAGAAUAUUUCAAGGACUAUUGCAAAUUCACAAAACAAAGUGUACCUAAGCGGAAACAGCUUAAUGUUGAAUAUAUCAGACAAGGAAUUCGACGAUAUGUCCAACAAGUUGAAAAGCUUAGAAAAUUUUGAGCACAAAUCCGUACUAAGCCAAAGUGGAAACACAAUUUUAGAAUUAUCACAGAUAGCAGCGGAUAAAAUUAUGCCUAAAACAUUUCAGUGAACAUUUAGUUUGUCUGUUUAUAUAUUGUGUGCAUUUAAAUUCUUAGAAAGUUAAUAUAUAUUUUUUACACGAAAA